UAAAUAUGAGCUGGAGGAGAGAGAUGAAAAAACAGCUAAUAGUGGAGGACGCGAGUGAGAGGCUUUGGUGAGAAAGAGAGAGAGAUAGAAAGAGGUGGAGUGAACACUGGCUGUCAAGUACGGGAAGCAGAGGCAGCUGUGACACACUGGAACAUCAAAGACCAGAUCCAGAGUCCAGGAUGCUGAGAAACCUGAUCAUGAGUCUUCUUCUCAGAAAUUAUUCAUUUUGUAAAUAAGAAGUGGAUCAAGACUUCAGGCUGCAGAUUUUAUUGCUGAGAAACCUACCUUGACUCACCAGGAUGCCGGUGCGGAACUGCUCUCUUGCAGCUCUUAUCACAACUGGUGCCACAGUUUUCAGCGACAUCGGCUGCCCCGAGGCCGCUGUGAUGUGUGGGAUGAAUAUCUCCUGGGUUUUGGCUAAUGCUUCUGAAGAAGACGUGAAGGAAAUGUGCUUGAGCGAGGAGGAGUACCUAACGAUGCAUCUGGGGCCUCCCAAGUCCCCAAAGUUUCUCCCAGUCUGUAUAACCUACGUCAUUAUCUUCAUCGUGGGUGUCCUGGGCAACUUCUUGACCUGUGCAGUCAUCUUGCGCUAUAAGGUGAUGCAGACACCUACCAACUAUUACUUGCUGAGCUUGGCCGUGUCAGACAUGCUGGUGCUAUUGAUAGGCAUGCCGUUAGAGCUCUAUGAGAUGCAGCAGAACUACCCCUUCUUGCUUGGGGAGGGGGGCUGCUACUUCAAAAUUUUCCUGUUUGAAGCCGUCUGCUUUGCCUCCAUCCUUAAUGUCACAGCACUUAGUGUGGAGCGCUACGUGGCAGUCAUGCAUCCCCUCAAAGUCAAACUCAUGACCACACGUGCUCAUGUCAAGAGGGUGAUCUUCAUGUUGUGGGGGCUGUCCAUGCUCUGCGCUGUGCCGAACACCAGCUUGCACGGGAUUGUGGUGUUGCCUCCAUGGUUUGGGCGGAAGUUUCCCCGGUCAGCUAUCUGCCAUGUGGUCAGACCAACCUGGAUGUACAGCUUAAUCAUCCUGAUCUCCAUGCUGGCCUUCUUCGUCCUCCCCAUGUUGAUCAUUAGCAUUCUCUACUUCCUUAUUGGCUUGGAGCUACACAGGGAGAGAGUGAUUACCGUAGUUGGUACAGAUCGUUGCUUCGAACCUGAAAGUGUUUCCAAGUCUCACAAGCAGAAACUCAGCAAGCGUACUGUGCAAGUCACCAAAAUGCUCUGUGUGUUGGUGGUCGUCUUCGGCCUUUGCUGGGCUCCCUUCCACGUGGACCGCCUGAUUUGGAGCUACAUCGACAUGUCGUCUGUGCAGCACCUCAAGAUCUUCGAGAACGUCCACAUCGUGUCAGGCGUCUGCUUCUAUCUGAGCUCUGCAGUCAACCCCAUCCUCUACAACCUCAUGUCGACCAGGUUCAGGGAAAUGUUCAGUCUUAUCACGUGUUGCUCUAAAAGUUGGCAAACACGCUCCCGCCUACAGAUGAUUCAAUGCACCACCUCCAACAAAAAAAUGCCAAAUGCCAAUUAGACUUAACAUUAUCUAGGCCUUAAAAAGACAGUGUCAAAAUGCAUCUAACGGGGGACAUGGAGGUUCAUUCAUACCUUAAUGAUCAGACUGAACUUAUGUAUGGAAAUCUGGAAUGACCACCAUUGUCAUUAAAACUAUAAAGGUUUUUAAUCCUGCCAACAAAGCAGACUGGAGAAAUUUUUAUUAUAUGACAGGCAUGAGAGCCGUUCUGUUGGCAAGAUAUAUUUAUAAGACUCUUAAUAAAGUUUUCUCCUUUCAUUUGUUCC